CAAGCCCUAGAACACUCAACUAGCUACUUAAUUAAGCUUCAAGGAAGCCGUUAGCAUGAAGAGAGUUUUAUCUGUAUGGCUUUUCUUCUUCUUAAUUUGCUGUACAGCGCCUCCAUAUUCUUCUUCUGAAAGCACUUUGACCUCAAAAGCAGUUGAUGGGUUUGGGAGCAAAGUUAUGAAAUCAAAGCCAAAAGAAGUGCAUGAAGCUCUUCAUUUGGGGAAUAUUGGAAAAGGAAAGGAAGCUUUUCAUCAGAUGAAGAAAUCGGACAAGGGAGUUUAUGGUGGUGGAGAUAUGCUUCGUCCAAGGAGCAAGAAGGGUGGAGCAUCCUCCCCCUUAGUUCUUAAAUCUUCUUCUUUGGUGCUUUGGACUUUGGUGAUUGAGUUACUCUUUUUUCUGUUCAUUUGAAUAGUUAAGAUUGAUGGAUGUGUCACGCGAUAAAGAAAAGAAUGUCAGAAGAUGAUACGUUCACACCAGUUUGGAGAUUCGAAUCAAUUUGUGAACUUGUGUUGCGUGUAUAUG